AUGGCCCUGUAUCACCAAACCGUGGAUUUCCUUUCCGACUCCUGGGCCAACCAGCGAACACAACUCCCCUUGCUAGCAGUGACUGGCGCUUCAUUCACAUUAGGUCUGCUACUUCGGUCCCUUUUGAGCCGCGAAGAACACCGUGGCGGUGUCCUUCCUUCCCCGCGCGCGACUCUCCUGGGGAGUCUCUCGGAUGAGGAGAACCGCAAACUGCCUCUCCCUAACGAUAACCUUCCCGGUGGGCGCGAUGUUGCCAGUCCAUACGGCUCGCUCCGGGUAUACGAAUGGGGUCGUGAGGAUGGUCCGAAGGUCUUGAUGGUUCAUGGUAUCACCACCCCCUCUAUCGCGCUGGGCGGGGUGGCCCAUGCGCUGGCGGACCGGGGCUGCCGUGUGAUGCUUUUCGAUCUUUUCGGCCGAGGAUACUCUGAUUCGCCGGCGGAUCUGCCUCAGGAUAAUCGCCUUUUCACUACACAAAUCAUGCUUGCUUUGACAUCAUCGCCGAUCUCAUGGACCGGUGCAGAGUCCGGAAAGUUCUGCCUCGUCGGGUACUCCCUAGGUGGAGGAAUUUCUGCCGCCUUUGCCUCAUAUUUCCCACAUCUCUUGUCAUCUUUGGUGCUUCUAGCUCCUGCUGGCAUGAUGCAUGACUCCCAUGUUAGCUCACAGGCCCAGCUUUUGUACUCCGGAGGCAUCAUUCCAGAGAACAUACUUGAAUAUUUUGUCAAGAAGCGUCUGCGAGCGGGGCCGUUAGUUUCCAAGCCUAAGGAUGGAAAGCUCGAUGUGUCAGAUGCACUGAACCAGGAGGCCCCCAGUGAAAAUGCGGCGGAAGCUCAGGUGCUGUCGCGGGAAUAUCCCCAUCUUAACGUCCCGGCUUCCAUUGUGUGGCAGGUCGAUCAUCACCAUGGCUUUGUUCAUGCUUUCAUGUCCACCAUGCGUCAUGGCCCGAUCUUCCGCAAGCAUCAAUGGAAUAACUGGGCACGCCUUGGAGAGUACUUGAGCGCGCAAAAUAGUGGUUCGUCAAAGAAUCGAGGACCUAAGGGUCUACCGAGCGAUAAGGUCCAUAUCUUGUGUGGCAACACUGAUGCCGUCAUCGUUAAGGACGAGCUUGUCACAGAUGCCACAGCUGCCCUUGGUGGAAAUGCGGUUUUCAAGUUCUACGAGGCAGGACAUGAAUUCCCCAGCACCAGAUACGAUGAGGUGGCGUCAUACAUCCUAAAGGUGCUUUAA